AUGAAGACGUCCGCGUCGCCCGGAGCUCAUGUUAUUACAACCAAGACAGUGCUGACAGAACAAUCCCAUAAGUCUUAUCGUCCUCUGACUGUGCUCACUUUUCGAUGGAACUACGCUAUCCAUGGACUACAACCAGCUGGCUACCACCUCGUGAAUCUACUCUUACACGCACUUGUCUCCUUACUAUAUUACAGAGUAUGCGCUAUGUUUCUUCCGGAGUUCGCUAGUUUUGUGGCGGCCAUUUUGUUCGUUGUUCACCCAAUACACAGCGAAGCGGUGACGGGCGUGGUUGGUAGAGCAGAGAUGUUGUCGUCUGUCUUUUUCCUCGGCGCUCUUCUAUGCUAUGCUCGAGCAGCCAGCAGAAGACGACACACCGACUGGCGCUACGUCGUGGCAUGUACUGCCUGUGUUGGUGUUGCCAUGCUGUGUAAAGAACAAGGCAUCACGGUCACGGCUGUUUGUGUGGUCUACGAAAUAUUCGUAGCGCAAAAGCGACGUAGCAGCUCUGGGCGUUCCUGGCUGGAGUAUUGGGGUAAGGGAGGGUGGGGAUAUGCCUGUGGGGAAGCAGCCCGAAGGGUUGCCACCGUCUGCUGUGCUACAUUGGCGCUUUUGGCUGCCAGACUACACGUUAUGGGAGCACAGCUGCCAGUUUUCACACGAUUCGACAACCCUGCUGGAGCAUCGCCCCCACCUGCAAGACAUCUAACCUUCGCCUAUCUUCCCGCGUUGAACGCUUGGCUGCUGACUCUGCCGGAGGCUUUGUGCUGUGACUGGACCAUGGGUACUGUGGCUUUGCUACAAUCGUGGCGAGACCCUCGGAAUAUGGCCACGUUGGGGCUCGCAGUCAUGCUGGUUGCUGGAACCAUACAUGCCUUAAGGACCAGAUCUUCGGCACUAUCCAUGGGUCUUGCGCUACUUGUUCUACCAUUUCUUCCCGCAUCAAACCUGUUCUUCCCCGUGGGUUUCGUUGUGGCUGAGCGUGUUUUGUACAUGCCGUCUAUGGGCUGGUGUCUGUUAGUGGCACACGGUUGGAGGCUUGUAGCCAAAAAACAAGCUAAACUGGCCGCAGGGGCACUCGUGUUCCUCCUGCUGGCUUUUAGUGCCAAAACAUACAUCAGAAACUGGGAUUGGAAGACUGAAUAUACAAUAUUUGCAUCCGGACUGAAGGUGAAUCGUAAUAACGCUAAGCUAUACAACAACGUGGGUCACGCUUUAGAAUCUGAAGGGAAAUACGGAGAAGCUUUAGAAUUCUUCAAAAUUGCCGUCAACGUCCAACCAGACGACGUGGGGGCCCACAUCAACGUUGGAAGAACUUUUAAUCAUUUAGGGAAAUAUCAGGAGGCAGAAGCCGCUUACGUCAAAGCUAAGUCUCUUCUACCUAAAGCCAAACCCGGGGAAUCUUACCAAGCUAGAAUAGCCCCCAAUCAUUUGAACGUCUUCCUUAAUUUGGCUAAUUUGAUAUCCAAAAACGCGACCCGAUUGGAAGAAGCUGACUUAUUGUAUCGGCAAGCGAUCAGUAUGAGAGCUGAUUACACACAGGCCUAUAUAAACAGGGGUGAUAUUUUAAUAAAACUAAACAGAACUAAAGAGGCCCAGGAAGUAUACGAACGGGCGCUAUUGUAUGACAGUGGUAACCCUGACAUAUAUUACAAUCUGGGGGUAGUGUUACUUGAACAAGGCAAGGCGUCCCAGGCGCUGGCAUAUUUGGACAAAGCUCUGGAACUCGAGCCGGAACAUGAACAGGCGUUACUGAACUCUGCCAUACUUCUGCAAGAGCUGGGAGCUGCAGACUUGAGACACAUUGCCAGACAAAGAUUACUCAAAUUAUUGGACAAAGACGCUACAAACGAGCGCGUCCACUUUAACCUCGGGAUGGUGUGUAUGGAUGAGGGAGACGCGGAGUGUGCCGAACGCUGGUUCAGGGCCGCGGUUCAUCUUAAACCGGACUUCCGCUCCGCACUCUUCAACCUGGCUCUACUACUAGCUGACAGACGAAGACCCCUGGAGGCCGCGCCUUUCCUCAAACAAUUGGUCAGACAUCACCCCGAUCACAUAAAAGCCUUGGUUCUGUUGGGAGACAUUUACAUCAAUUCAGUCAAGGAUUUGGAUGCUGCUGAAAGUUGCUAUCGACGUAUUCUCGAACUGGAACCAGACAACGUGCAAGCCCUCCACAAUUUAUGUGUUGUUGCUGUAGAGAGAGGGAAGUUAGCCAUUGCUGAAGAGUGUCUUACAAGAGCCGCGGUUUUAGCGCCACAUGAACAUUACAUACAGCGCCAUCUAUCUGUAGUACGCACGAGACUGGCAGCUGUCUCGCUCACAAACUCCAACACCCGACCAUCUGACGGAUCCGAUGCUGAAGUGCGAGCGAGAUGGAACUACAUCCCCCAGCAACCCCCCGAUCCACACGAGUCGGAUCCCUCAUAG